AUGGAGCUGGCAUUAGAAGGGAAGGAUGAAAAGCACAUGCACGACGCAGUUGCAAAGUACUGCAUCCCCACGUCAAACGAGACGGUGGAAAGAUACCGGUUCUUUACGAGGAAUCAGGACCAAACAGAGAACAUUGAGGAAUAUUCAACGGCUUUAAAAGGGCUGGCGAAUACGUGCAAUUUCGGAGUGUUGGAAGACUCACUCGUAAGAGACAGAAUUGUGGGAAGAGUGAGGAUUCAAGGGACUCGUGAAAGCCUUCUGAAAGCUACGAAUUUGACUCUCGACACGUGUCUAAAGUUGUGUCAAGUGACUGAAUUCUCGCAAGAGGCAAUUAGAAAAUUUGCACACACCUCCAGUCAGUCUGUUCAUGCAGUAAAGCACAAAGAAAUGCGGGACAAGAGUUUUGGCGAGAGGCAGAAGAAAAGAUGCAAGUUCUGUGGGAAAAGCCACAUAUACGAGCGAGAGAAGUUUCCAGCGUACGGCAAAAAGUGCAGAAAGUUUUAUGGUGACAACCACUUUCAAAGCCAGUGCGACGCUCUGCGAAAGUCGGCUAAACCGAAGGCAAAGCAGCUCGCAGCUCACUCGAACAAAGUGCUGAAGCGCAGCCACUACCUUCUUCCCACCAUUGAGGAUGUGCUCCCGAAUAUGAGUAGAGUGAAGGUCUUCAGUCUGUUCGAUGCUAAAAAUGGGUUUUGGCAUGUUGCAAUGGAUGAGGACAGCUCAUAUCUCAUCACGUUCAAUACGCCGUUUGGAAGAUAUUGGUGGCUCCGGAUGCCGUUCGGAAUAAAACCGGCUACUGAAAAAUAUCAACGACGGCAGGACGAGGCACUUGAAGGCUUGCCAGGCGUGAGAAGCAUCGCCGAUGAUGUGAUAGUGAUGGUGUAG